AUGCGGGCGGGAGAUGGAGGGGGGAAAGGCCGGGGAGAAGCAAUCAGUGUGGAGCUGGAGGUCGCUAUGGGGCAGCCCCUCCAGCGCCUGCUCAUCGGCAACAACGGCUCCGCCUUCGUCGAGGCGCUCGUGGGCACCCAGGAGGGGGGCAGCUUCCAGGUGCUGCUGCCCACGGCCGCCUUCAUGACCCCCCACGAGAGCCGGGAGGGGGCGGAGCCUCGCAGGGGGCGGAGCUUCGGGCCCGAGGCCCUGGUGAAGGGCGCCCUGGGGGGGGGCUGGGACCGCCUGCGCCUCGUCUGCACCCAGCCCUAUAGCCAGGACCGUCCCUUUGGUCUCUCCUAUGUUCGUCUCUUCGGCCCCCCGGAGGAUGCAGCUCCUGCUGAGGCCCCGGUUCGCCGCUUGGGCCCCUUCACCCUCCGGGAGGGGGGGCCCUCCCCCCUCCGCCCCCUUGGGGCCCUCUUCUACAAGCGCCCCCCCUCCCCCACAGCACCCCCCAAGGCCCCUCCCCCAGGCCCCACUUACGCCGAUGCCGCCCUCAAAGCCAGCGCUGGCUCCGCCCCCAAACCCCGGCGCCCCCCCUCCCCACCGCCCCCCUCCUCCACCAAUGGGACGCCGCCGAAGCAGCCCCGCCCCGUCGAGGCCAAAGCCACGCCCCCUCCCGCCGAGGCCACGCCCCCUCCGGCCGCCAUCUUGGCCGGCGUCGUCGUGGCCCUGAGUGGCUUCGAGAACCCCCUCCGCGGCCAAUUGCGCGCCGCCGCCGUCGCCAUGGGAGCCGAGUACAGCCCUGAUUGGACGCCGCGCUGCACCCACCUCGUCUCCGCCUUCUCCCGCACCCCCAAAGCCGCCCGGGCCCGCGCUAUGGGGGGGCUCCUCGUGAGCCCUGAUUGGAUCUGGGACUGCCGGAGGCGGGGCCGACGCCUGCCCUGCCGCCCGUACCUCUUGGAUGGCUCCGCCUCCUCCGGCAGCGAAGAGGAGGAGCCUAAUGAGGCCACGCCCCCUGCGGACCCCACCCCUCACGUGACCAGUGGACCUGAUUCGGGGGAUGACAGCGACCAAUCAGAGCCGGAUGAUCCCUAUGGGGGCUCCACGGAGGAGAACAGCGAGGAAGAGGAGGAGGAGGAAGAGCCCAUUCCCCCCUUGCCCGACUUCUUCCGGGGCCUCUCGUUCCUAUUGGCUGGCAGCUUCCCGGAGGGGGAGGGGCGAUGGCUGCGGCGCCUCGUGAUCGCCUUUGGGGGGACCCUGGCCCCCUCCAUGACCGAUGCCGUGACCCACGUGGUGACAGCGCAGGGCUGGGACAAGGCCUUCGACCAGGCGCUGGAGCUCCGCCCCUCGCUGACCAUCGUGCGCCCCCAUUGGCUGCUGCGCUGCGGGGAACAGCUCCGCCCCCUCCCGGCCCAGCCCUUCGCCGUCGUGCCGGCGGACGUGACGUCACUGUGACGUCA